CGGUCCUCGUUCAAAAAGAGCCGUUCAAAAACACACGACUCGUUCGCGAACGUCACACGUUGACUGCCUUCCCCUCCAUUUUGUGUCGUCCGCUUCCGGGCUUUCGGAGAAGGCUGCGAAUCAAACCAGCCAGCGAGAAGACGAUGGCUCCUGUCGCGCGUCAAGAGUGCGGUUAAAGUUUUCCCUUUCGAAGCCGAAAGUGUCGAAAAGUUUCCUCUCGAACGUUCCGUGGAUUCCGAAAAAGGGCGCCAAGACGUCCCGCCGUGCAAAGUUGACAGCUGGAAGUAAACACCUCCAUGCUAACCUGUUAGCUCCGUGCUAACCUGUUAGCUGCAUGCUAACCGCGUCUCUCAGCGAGCUAACCCGGGUGUUGUCUUCUUGUCAGCGGCCUGUCGUCACUCCUGUAGCCCGGCGUGCAACCACCAGCCAAGAACUGCCACCACCACACUUUUCAUUCAUGCGCUUUUUGUCCACUUCUUCAUCCAUUCGAGCAGUGCAAGCGUAACGUCGCAGCAGAGAAGCUGAAGGGGCGUGUCGUUGAAUCCACACAAGAAGGUGCCAACAGAGGGACAGGAUGCCCAUUCCUCCCCCGCCGCCCCCGGGACCCCCGCCACCCCCCACCUUCAGUCAGGCCAACACCACCCCCCCCAAGCUGAGCUCGUCCGCGGCCAAGGGCAGAGGAGCGCUGCUGUCCGACAUCUGCUCAGGCACCCGGCUGAAGAAAGUGGGCGUGGUCAACGACCGCAGCGCCCCCGUUUUGGAGGGCUCUGGAGGAGGAGGAGGAGGUCAUGGAGGUGGAGGUCCAAUGGGAAUGGGAGGUCUUUUCCAAGGAGGGGUGCCAAGGCUGCGAGCAGUUGGAGAUGGUUCAUCAGGUGGUUCUGUUGGAAGGUCCGCCCUCAGGCCCCCGGGGUCCCGGCCCUCUGCUCCUCGUCCCCCCACCAAUCGCUCCGUCUCACCCUCCCCGGCAGACCACCAGCGCUCCCACCGGCCCUCGCUGCCCGACAUCACCCGCCCCCCGAGCACCAACAGUAACUCCUCUAGCGGGGGGAUGAAGCACAGCACGUCCGCCCCGCCCCCUCCGCCGCCUUUCAACAGGGGUGGCCGUGGAAACGCACCGGCCACCCCCAACCAAAAGGCGUCGUCGGCGCAGAGUAGAGAGAAGCCCCUCCCUCCCACGCCAAGCAGAGGCCCCGCCCCUUCCAACUCCAGUAAGCUCUCUUCGUCCUCCAACAGACCCCCCGCCAGUGGCUCGUCGGCUCCUCCUCCUCCGCCGCCAUACAGGAUGCACACCGGGAUGUCCAACGGCCCCUCCCACACAGACGGGGGCGGAGCCCCUGAGCUGCCGCAGAGGCACAACUCCCUGAGUAAGAAAAACACGUCAGGGGGCGGCGGGCAAGGACGCAACCACGCUCCACCCCCUCCGCCCUCAUCGUCUCCGUCCCUGCAGCAAGUUAGCAGACCGCCGCCACCCGCCAGAGAGCCCCCUGGCCGCCGAGCAGCUCCCCAGGUGCCCCUCUCCAGCGCUCGCAACGGUAGCCGCGACGUCCCGCCCCCGCCGCCCCCAUACCGGGGCCACAGCUCGGCGGUGUCGGACUCUCUGAGCCGAGUGGGCAAACUUCAACCUCCUUCCUUCUCCUCCUCCUCGUCGUCGUCGUCCUCGUCCACCUCCUCCCGCACUCCCGCCGGACCCCCACCGCCGCCCCCGCCCAUCCGGAACGGCCACUUUGUCGUCUCCUCCUCCAAGUCUAUCUUAGAUGAUUUUGAAUCUAAGUUUAACUUCCACCCCAUGGACGACCUCCCACCUCCUGAGGAGUACCGACAUUUCAACAAGAUCUACCCCAGCAAGAGCAGUAAGAUCAUGUUGAGAGGAGCGCCCCCAGCACCACCAGUGGGAAGGUGAACACAAAUCAGCUCAGGACUUGAACUCUCAUCGGGCAAGUGGUCGUCUGGUCUGGUGGGGAGGGGUCCACACACACACACACACACACACACACACAAACACACACACAAACACACACGCACACACACACACACACACAAACACACACAACACCAGCCUAGUCAACACGACGCCACGCAGCUCUGAUGAGACAACAAAACCACUCUUGAGGCCACAGUGAACUUUUUAGCCAGCGGGUGAGGACCACCACCACGUCCCCCCGCUGACACAUAUCAGGACCAGAGAGUGUCCAAGUUUCAUAUCUUUUCUUCCUGUGCUGCAUGUUGGUGUCUCGUUUGGUUGUGGCUGUCCCACACGCAUGAAUGUCAGCUUCCUGCUCUUCUUCUGUCCCACCUCACCACCGCUUGGGACCACCAUGUGCCAAAAGUGGGCGGAGUUUAAUGAACGAUGCUCUCCAUGUAACUAACCAUGAUUCCUGCCGACUCGUGACGGACGUGUCGUCUGCUUGUUGGUUUCGUUGCAUUCCUGGGGGGGGGGGGGGAUUUCCUGCUUUGACCCCCCCCCUCUAUUUUUCUUAAUGUGGGGGGUGUUCACCUUUGCAUCUUUGGGCAAUGUUGCACAGCGGCUAGUGGGGACACAGGACACCCGUUUAAGGGACACCAGGUAGUGAGUGUCCUGACGUUUAGGGGACACAUGGUGUGUCCUGACGUUUAGGGGACACAUGGUGUGUCCUGACGUUUAGGGGACACAUGGUGUGUCCUGACGUUUAGGGGACACAUGGUGUGUCCUGACGUUUAGGGGACACAUGGUAGUAAGGGUCCUGACGUUUAGGGGACACAUGGUGUGUCCUG